UUGCCGUACCAGGGCAGGGCACUUGUCACAAAAUGCGCUAGCCCUUGCUGGCUCAGCUUGACGAUGAAAAGAGUUGAAGAAAAACUAGCCGUAGCCAUUUUACAAUUGUUUAACAUAGUCACGCAAUUAUUCCCUCGAUGAUCCAGCGCGUAAUACGUGCAUGAACGCAUACGCAAGGACAGUAACGCAUCCCAAAUUAUGUUUACUCGCCGCGAAUGCUAAAGAGCUAGCUUCUCCACUGCAGGCAGCCUACGCUAGCUCUCUAAAACGUGAACAAAAUGGCUUCAUUGAGGACCCAAGUUGCGUGUUCGGGCGAUGUGGGAAGCGAAACGAUGAACUCCGAGGCAGAGGUCGACUGCGGGCGUGAUGCGACGGAGAUGGAGUCGGGAGGAGAUCGUGACGGUGUUCUGAAAACGUGUGUGUUGGAGGGCUUCGCCGAGCGGGACCUGAUCCAGGCUCUCAUCGCCAGCCUGCCGGACGUCCACGGGGAGCUGACGAGCAGGGAGGCCGCCACGGAGAAGUUUCAGGACACGCUCAGCCAGUACCAAGAUCAGCCUCAUCUACUGGACCCACACUUGGAGUGCAUGGUGAACACGUUACUGGAGUACGUGAGGCGUGAGGACUGCCCUCCUUCCUUGCUUCACUUGAGCUUCAAGUUCCUUUACGUCAUCUGCAAGGUGAGGGUCUACAAAAUCUUCAUGCGGCGUUUUCCUCACGAGGUCGCCGACGUUGAACCUGUGCUGGAACUGCUGUCCAAGCAGGACCCGACGGACACGGAGACGUGGUGGACACGUUACAUUCUGCUGCUGUGGCUGUCCAUGACCUGCCUGACGCCCUUCGACCUUUCUCGCCUCGACGGCAAUCUGCAGUCCGAAGAUGGUCGGGCCAGGGAGCCCAUCAUGGACCGCAUCCUCGCAGUUGCUAAGUCAUAUCUUGGCGUCAGCGAUGGUUGCCGGCUUGCUGCAGCCGUGUUGGUGUCCAAGUUCAUGACACGGCCCGAUGUGGUCAAGAAGUACCUUGCAGACUUCCUGGACUGGAGCCUCGCCACCAUAUCCCAAAACAACGACCAGUCCCUGGACUCUAUCCGGGUGCUAGAUGGCGCUCUUCAGUCCCUGGCAAUGCUGUUUCAACAUGGCAAGCGUGAGGACCUCUUACAGCACGUUUCUAGAGUUUUACGGUGCCUGGAAGAAAAUCAACUCUCGGAGAGCAGCCAGGCCACGCUGAGGAAGCUCAACGUCAAACUGAUCCAGCGACUCGGCCUCACCUACCUGAAGCCUCGUUUGGCCCCGUGGAGGUACCAGAGAGGAAGCAGGUCCAUCGCAUCAACGCUUUUGACCAGUCGAGCCGCAGAGUCGGUGAAAGGGACGACACAAGAGGAGGAGGAUUAUGACAUCCCAGAGGAGUUAGAGACCGUAAUCGAGCAUCUUCUGGUGGGACUGAAGGAUAAGGAAACGAUCGUGCGUUGGUCCGCAGCAAAGGGCGUUGGGAGAGUGACCGGGAGGCUUCCCAAGGAGCUGGCGGACGACGUGGUGGCCUCGGUGCUGGACUGCUUCCGCUUCCAGGAGACGGACACUUGGCACGGAGGCUGUCUGGCCCUCGCCGAGCUCGGCAGACGAGGCCUGCUGCUGCCCUCCAGAUUAACAGACGUGGUGCCGCUCAUCAUCAAGGCCUUGAUCUACGACGAAAAAAGGGGCGCGUGCAGCAUCGGCUCCAACGUCCGCGACGCGGCCUGCUACGUGUGCUGGUCCUUCGCCAGGGCGUACGAUCCCAAAGAGCUCAAGCCCUUUGUCAAUCAAAUCGCCAGCUCCUUGUUGGUGACAACCGUGUUCGACCGAGACGUGAGCUGCCGCAAAGCCGCCUCCGCUGCUUUCCAGGAGAACGUCGGCAGACAGGGGACAUUUCCUCACGGCAUUGACAUCGCAACCGCAGCAGACUAUCAUGCUGUGGGGAUGCGCAACCACUGCUAUCUGAACACCAGUGUUUACAUUGCUAGUUUUCCUGAGUACACUCAAGCCAUGAUUGACCACUUGGUAUCCAAGAAGGUGAACCAUUGGGAUGGCGCCAUUCGAGAGCUGACCUCCAAAGCCCUCCACAAGCUGACGCCUCAAGCACCCGAUUACAUGGCGACUUCGGUUCUGCCACAGUUGUUGAGCACGGCCGUGGCUUCCGACCUGCAGGGGCGCCACGGAGCCAUCUUGGCGUGUGCGGAGGUGACGUACGCGCUCUACAAACUGGGCUCGCGCACAGGCAGAAGCACAGCGGAUAUCAUCCCGUCCGAGUGUGUGGAGGCCCUGAAGGGAAUUCAUCAGAAGCUACAAGACAAGAAACAGUACAGGGGUUUUGGUGGGGAGCUGAUGAGACCGGCCAUGUGCAGACUUAUCGAAAAGCUCUCCCUGUCCAAAAUGCCAUUCAAGAGCGACCCAGUUAUCACGGGCUGGCAGGAGCUGAUUGACGACACCAUCAAGACGCUUCAUCUGGUCUCCAGCGGGGUGAAAGACGCCAUCUUGGCUGCCGUGUUAUGUGCCUUAUCUGCCUUGUGUGAGGAGUUCUACAAGGCCCAGCCCGACCAGGCUGACUCGGACAAGCAGAGUGCGCUCGUGCGUCAGUACAUGGCCGAGCUUCAGAGUCCGCAGAUGCUGACCCGUUGCGGCUCUGCCCUCGCCCUCGGCUCCCUGCCGGGCUUUAUGAUCCGCGGCAAACUGAAGCAGAUCCUCGACGGCCUGGGCCGGAUGCACGCCGCCUGCCUGCGCGAGAGGCGUUUCCCGGAGGCCAGGAGGGACGCCGUCCGAGCGCUGGCUCAAGUAUGCAUGAAGGCGGGCGUGCGUGGCGGCGGCCCCCCGGAGUCGUUCCUGUGCUCGGAGAACAUCGCGGACGUGUACGACGUCCUCCUGGACAGCAUGGACGACUACACCACGGACAGCAGGGGCGACGUGGGCGCCUGGGUGAGGGAGGCGGCAAUGACGGGCCUAAAGGACGUCACCAUCCUGGUGUCCAGAACGGCUCCAGAGGUCCUUCUUCCAAACCAGGUGAAGCACAUGAUGUGUGGGUUGGCGCGGCAGUCGGCGGAGAAGAUCGAUCAUUACAGAGCGCACGCCGGCACCGUCUUCGUGCAGCUGCUCCACUGCGGUGACGCCGUAGUUCCGCACAUCCCCCACAGGGAGGAGCUGCUGAGCAUCUUUCCGCCGGAAGUCGAAACCAGUCUGAACUGGAAAGCUCCAUCCCAAGCGUUCCCGUAUAUCACCCGCCUGCUGGGACUGCCCGAGUACCAGUACCAAACUUUGCUGGGCCUCACCGUGUCCGUGGGCGGGAUCACCCAAUCCACAGUGACGGCCUCCUCCCAUGCUCUGUUUGACUACCUGCGUGGGAUCCAACGAGACGGCGCCGCUCUGCAGCACUUCGCCAUGGACGCGUUGAUCCGAAUCCUGAGAGAAAAUUUGCACAACACGCGGAUCGCCCUCCCUUUCCUGAAGAUGCUGAACCAAUUAUUGUCCAAUGGCUGUUUUGACAUCUUCACCACAGAAGAGAAUCACCCGUUCUGCGUGGACCUGCUGGCGCUCUGCGAAGUAGUCAAGCGAUCCAAGGACGUGUACAAGCUGCGGGCCUGCGUCGCCGUCUACUGCGGCCUCAUCCAGUUCCCGGGUGAAGUCCGCAAGGAGAUCCUCCACCAGCUUCUGGUGCUCAUCUGCCAUUCUUUCCUCGUGGUAAGAACGACGACAGCUAGCCUGAUGUACGAAAUGUUGCUGACCUACGACGACGUCGUCGAUCCCGACGUUUUGGACGACGUCAUGACCCUGCUAAGCGAUACCAACUGGGAAAGUGAACCCGCCAUUUUGCGCCCCACUCGAAAUCAGCUGCGUGAGUUGUUGGGGGUCCCCACGCAGCGACGGCUUGCUCAGGCUCAGAAGAAUUUCUAAUCCUUGGGAUAUUUUGACCAAAGCGUGUCAAAGACGUGUUAUUACCGCUGUACACCUGAGCGAGCCGAAGGUUUACCGUAAAGGAGGCGGCAAAUCCCAUUGACCUCAAAGCGGUCGACGCGUUAAUUAGACGGCAGCGACGAUUUAUUGCAUGGAGGUUUGCAUUCCUCAAAUUCUGCCGUGGGCCCGGUUGGUUCGUCACCUACAUCGUCAUCAUAAUUCCACCGGAAUGCAUCAGAUGUGGCAGCCCAAUUCGUCCACCGGGGACUGGACUUCACCUUUGUGGCGGGGCCACGUCAGUCCGAGGACGGGUUUGAAGAGAUUUACGGCGCCGGGUGACCGCGCUCUUCGUUUUGGACUCUCGAGACGGACGAACAAAGGCAACUUUUGCUCCGCACGUGCGGAGCGGAACGAGGUUUGCGGUCUCUGAUCUGUUAUUUCUCCACGAAGACGUACUUUCCCAGUCAGCAGAAGAUUAUGAUCUAACCCAUCCAAGGACGCAUGGAAAAAAUGUAAAUAUAUAUGUUGGGGUUUUUUUUUUUUUUUUUUUUUUUUUAAUCAAACAUCAUCCUCAGUAAAUCACAUUAAACUCCCACCCAGGCCCCCCCCCGCGGUCCACAAACUCCCAACGGUGGCUUUUGUGCGCAUUGCGAAGGUUUUGCUCGUCUUUCUGCGACGGAGCCGAGGUGCGCGAAUCACGUAGUGGGAUUUUCGUAACGACCUGAAAAAUAUAUGCAGGGUCCAUUUCAAAGCCCUGCGGUCGUAUCCGUGAUGCGUGAAGGGGAGGGCGGGGGGGGGGGGGGCGCACUCAGUGAUGCUGACGCUAAAACGAAGCAGAUGUGGCGUGUGCGGGGAAAUCGACUUUCAAUCUGGCUUCGGUGGACUCGGCUUUGAAAGCAAUUUUUUUGGAUGGUUUUUCCCCUUUCCAAAACACUUGAACUAUUCAGACUUGUCAGAACAUAUUUAAAAAUACUUUUUAGUAUUCUCUCUCCUAAAACAGUCAAGAAACUGUUGUUUGGCAUCACUUUGAGAACACAAAAGACGCCUCAAAUUAGGGGCAACGCGUGCCUGCUUCAAGCUGUUUAUUUGGACUGGCAUCUAAAACAAAAAAAGAAUUCAACUUGCAUAUUUGAACAGUGCGGCGCAGCGGAUCAGCUGGUAAAGCGUUGAGCUCACACUUCUGAGGUCCCGGGUUCAAUCCCGGACCCGCUUGUGUGGAGUUAGCAUGUUCUCCCCGUGCCUGCGUGGGUUUUCUCCGGGCACUGCGAUUUCCUCCCACAUCCCCAAAACAUGCAACAUGAAUUGGACACUCUAAAUUGCCCAUAGGUGUGAUUGUGACUGUUUGUCUCCAUGUGGCCUGCGAUUGGCUGGCGACCAGUUCAGGGCGAACUCCGCCUCCUGCCCGUUGACAGCUGGGAUAGUCUCCAGCACUCCCCGCGACCCUUGUGAGGAUAAGUGGCUCAGAAAAUGGAUGGAUGGAUAUUUGAACACCAAAAUGUCCGACCAAAGCUGCGUUUCAUCAUCGAAUCUACCCGUGGAUUGUCUUAUUUGUAGCACUACCCCCUGGUGGCCAAGGCACAAUGUCCAUUCAAUUCAAAAAUGACGAUGCACAGAUUGUUUAAUUCUUUAUGCAUAUCUAAUUGUUGUUGCUUGAUAUUUUUUUCUAAACUAAAAUACUGCACAGUGUUCGUUUUCCUUUUUUGGGCGUGCCUGGAACCGAUUAAUUGCGUUCCCAUUCAUCUCUUUAAUCGAAGAUGAUUUAAGACAAAGCAAGGUAAUCGGUGUAUGUUGCGAUUUUCAGCUGCUUCCUACCGAGUAGAGGAGAAUAAAAUCAAUGAAUAUUCAAUUUGA